AUGGACGAAUACACGGUCGCAGUGGCCACAGAGCAGCGAACCUCGCGGUGGCUGGCGGUGUCCAAGCGAGUGUUCUGGUUUAUCCUGCACCAGUGGUUACUAAUCGGCAUCGGAGUUGUCUGCGUUCUGGCCUAUUACUUUCCUCAAGUAGCCAAGCAUGGAGGAAUCAUCAGAAGCCAGUACAGUAUCUUGUACGGGGUAAUUGCCAUCAUUUUCCUCAUCUCGGGCCUCAGCAUUCCGCGCCAGAAGCUUUUUAAUCAGCUCUUGAACUGGCGACUGCAUAUCGUGGUGCAAGUAAUCUCGUUUCUUUUCAUUCCGGCGCUUGUUCUGGCCGUCGUAUAUCUGAUCUUAGCCGGUGACGCGAGGGGGAAAAUUGAUCGAGCUGUAUUGGCGGGCUAUAUCUUCACCGCGUGUAUCCCGACAACCAUUGCUUCCAAUGUGGUGAUGACGAGGGCUGCCGGGGGCGACGAUGCGGCGGCAUUGGUGGAGGUAUUGAUUGCCAAUAUCCUCGGGCCCUUUAUCACAGCGGCUUGGACAGUCAGUUUGAUUCCCAAAACGCCCGAGUUUGAUCAAUGGAGAUAUGGCGGCGGCAAUUUGGGCAGCAUGUAUAAGAAUGUGUUCCAGCAACUCGGGUUGAGUUGUUUGCUGCCACUCUUCGUGGGACAGUUGAUACGAUGGACCUGGCCCGAUCGCACGGCGUGGGUGCUGCAGAAGACCAAAAUGCCCAAAUGGGCCUCUGUCUGCAUGUUACUACUGAUCUGGACCACGUUCUCGUCCUGCUUCGCUACGGGAGCUCUUCAGUCCAUGUCCAGUCAAAGCAUCAUCUUUGUGGUGCUUUUUAACAUUGGACUCUAUAUCUUCCUGACCGCGGUGUGCUUCUUUGCAGCACGGCCUCCGCGAUUUCUAUCUUCUCGUGGUUGGUCCGAGCGUAUCUUCAAGCCUAUGGCCCCGGAACAAGCAAUUGCUGUUUGCUUUUGUGGUCCCGCGAAAAGUACCGCCCUGGGAAUCCCGUUACUAUACGCUAUGUGGGAGCCACUAGAUUUAUUCACCAAGGCAAAAACCUCCGUGCCGGUCUUGCUGUACACCACGGAGCAGAUUGCCGUGGCUCAUUUCUUCGUCCAGAUGUUUAAGCGAUGGCAUGCCCGACUAGCUGAUAAGCAGGAUGUGGAACAGAGCCAUGAGGAUGUGACCAACGCCGAUAUGGCGGAGCCUUUGGCAGAGACUCAUGGUAUUCAAGACGAACAUGGGCGCACAACUGCUUGA